AUGGCAGAGGACAGUCGGAAUGCUGCUGAGUGCACCAAUUGGGAAGAUAUGGAUCAGAGACUUGGUCGUAUAAUGACUUUGGCUGAAUCGAAGAGUGCCGAGCUCGAGGCGGCCUUGAGAGCACUAGGGGUGAACCCGAUACCGACUCGGGUAAUUAAAACUAAAGGGGAUAUGGCUAUUCUGGAGAGGAAUUCGCAGGACAAGACGCCUCUGGUGGCGAACUCACCUGGCAGCACGGAUACUAUUGUGGAGCAAGAAGGACUGAGUGCGGAGCCUCUAGUGGGGGAGAGAACAAGCACGGAGUACUUUCCUACUUCUACGAAUGGCGGCCGGAAAUGGGCUGAGCUCGGCAAGCUGCAGUCGGCAAGCGAGUUGAGGAAGGUGGAAGAAGCUGAGGAUGAGCCCAGUGGAGUUGAUGUUAUUCAUGAGGAGUAUACGCGAUCAGAACAGGAGGUUGAGGAGGAGGAGGAUACCAGUGACGAGCAGGGUUCAUCAGCUGAGGCUCAGUCGUAUGCUACGAUGAGUAGAGUACCGCUUGACACGCGGCCAUGCACUUCUCCGCGACCAAUUCGUAGGGAGAAAGGCGGGUUCUAUUGUAUCGAAGCUGACGAUGAUGGAAGCGUCUCUGCUGAGACUUGGUUCGCCAGUGGGAUUAACGCUAACAGGCACCUAUCGCUGCGUACUCAAAGGAUCGGUCUGCUCCCUCGCCCUAGUGGUGGGCCUCAGACUUCAAGGGCUGCCAUCGAGCUCAACAGCUUGGGCGCCUCGGUUGCUGAGUUUCCCCGUAUGAGCGUCCGAAAUGAGCCCCCACCGACCAGCUCGAGACUUCCAGCUGGAUCGAAAUUCAAGUUUGGAUAUGAGCCUUCGGUUAGCACUGACGUUGCUCCUGGAUUGGAGUCUUACCUUAAGGAAAUCGGCAGUAGCUUCACUGCUAGAUCCCACCGUGGUCAUCGGGAAACCGUGGAUAACGAAUCCCCCAGUAGAGUGCGCGAGAGGCUUCUGUUUGAGAUGAUGAAGGUGUAUGACGACGCCGCGCCUGACGAUGCUCCGUCCCAGUUUGACGAUUCUGUUAUUAACUAG